UGACGUAUGUUUGGCUGUCUGCUUUCUUCCCUUAGGUGUAUGCUGCCGGUUGGUGGUGGUCAUGGCGUUGGAAACGGUACCUAAAGAUCUGCGGCACUUGAGGGCUUGCUUGCUGUGCUCAUUGGUCAAGACUAUUGAUCAGUUUGAGUUUGAUGGUUGUGACAACUGUGACUCCUAUCUCCAGAUGAAGGGGAACCGUGAGAUGGUUUACGAUUGUACUAGUUCUUCUUUCGAUGGCAUUAUUGCAAUGAUGAGUCCCGAGGACAGUUGGGUCUCCAAGUGGCAACGGAUCAGUAAUUUCAAGCCAGGCGUGUAUGCUGUGUCAGUGACUGGCCGUCUGCCCCAAGGCAUUGUACGGGAGUUGAAGAGCCGUGGAGUGGUCUACAAAUCUCGGGAUACAGCCAUAAAGACCUAAGAAUAUCUGGUUCCUCAAAUAUUGUGUCUUUCCAGCUUCCUUUUCCCAUAUGGACUAUUCUAAAGAUAUGGAGGAUGAUCUCUACAUGGGUCAGGUUGUUAUUAGGGGCUGCCUACUAGUGGCUUCAUUUUUCUGGCUUUGAGCUAGAUAUGAAGGGUUGUUUCCGGAAAGACUUAAGAAAGAGGUGCCACUAAUUCCCAAGUGUUUCUGAUUUCUAUUAGCUGUUUUUAAUAAAUUUGAUUAUAGCAUCAGAAAUCUGCACUCUGGCUUUUGCUGUUAAAAGUUUUUUGUCUUCCUGUAGUAGAUGAGGUGUUCUAGCCUGCCUGGGCUCAAUUUCUAGGAUUUUCUCUGAGAGGAGUACUACAUAUUCCAUAAAAGAUAGAGAUAAGAUUUUCUCUUAUCUUUCGUAGAAUAUGUACUAGUAUUUUUGAUUCAAGACUUCCAUAUUAGUUAAAUGUUUUCCUCACUUUGCUAUAUUUUUGCAUAAGGCAACUUUUUACACAAGAAAAUCUUUGAAUCAACUCAUUUUUUUUGUAUGCACUGAACUGUAAAUUAACCAAAUGGCUUGAGAUCAGACAACACGCUAAGCCGUUUAAAAAUUGGUCUAUCUCCUUGUAAGAGCAACUAAGCAACUUAGUUUGUAACAGACCUGUGUAAAUACAGCAAAAAUUGGUCAGAUUCGUGAUCAGUUCUCAAUUCACUGGGAUCUUGGCAACCAAACCUCUUUUCCCUUCAAUUAUUGCUGGAACAAUUAUGACAGGAGAGCUUCUGAUGGGGAUCAUUUGUCCAUAUGCUCAUUCUGGUUAGGGUUCCAUUUAUAUAUCUCCUCUCAUAUCCCUAGCAGUCCACUAUGGACCAUCCAGUUGCUCUGAGCAACAGGACACUAGCAGUUUCAGCAGUGGACCAGCAGGCUGGCAGAGAUAGAUUGCAGGUUAUCUGCUGCCAUUUGUGUGGCAUGAUGAUAAUCACAGGAGAUGUCAUGGGGAAAAUAGGAGGAAGAAGUAUUAGGUAUGUUCCCUGCCUUGAGCUACCUAUAAAGUAAUAAAGAUGGGAUAAAAACCUAGUAAAUAAAUAAAUAAUACAAGAAGGUAAUAUUUUCCGUGAUGGGCAUUACAUGGCUGAGGGUUACAGGUUGCUUGCCUAUAUCUUAAAACAUGGGUCUAAAACGUCUUAUUAGUGCUGCACACAGUCUCUGAAAGCUCUAAGUAUGACUCCAGAAUCACAAGUUGCUGUUGAAUUGUAAUAUCUGGUGUAAAAGAAGGAAAGAAAUAUAUUGGGGACAAUAAUAUUAAUUGCAACGUAAUUUGCAUUACAUGAAAUU